CCCACCGCUCACAACCUCCCGUGUUAAUAUGAGAAAAGAUGGCGACGACGCGGGGACAGAGAUUUAAAUUCAGUGAUGGUGAAAAAGUUCUGUGUUACGAGCCAGAUCCAACCAAAGCUAAAGUCCUUUACGAUUCAAAGGUUUUGGAUGUUAUUGUCAACAAGGAUCAGAGGGGCCGGAAGGCGGUGGAGUACCUCAUUCACUUCCAGGAGCUGGACUGCACGAAUUAAUUUGAUGGAAAAACAUAAGGAGUUGAAUGGAACUUUUAGGGGCUGGAACUCCUCGUGGGACCGAUGUGUAACCGAGGAAUACGUCCUAAAGGACACAGAGGAGAACCGCCAAUUGCAACGAGACCUGGCGCAGAAGGCGCAACUCCAAUUAGGCGCUUACCUCUACCGUCGCGAGAGAAAAAAUCGAAAUCACAAGCUCUCCGAGCGCCACUCCACCGGCAUAGAUUCCAGAAGACGAGCAAGAAGUGGUGGAAGUCGAGCGACAUCCGGUACCACCGGCUCCUCAGAGGACGGCAGCUCCGGACCGCACGACGACUACGACACUGAGGAGGUCAUCACCGAGGAGGACUACGAGAGUAGCUCUGACUUCGGAGAGGAGUCGAGUGAUGAUGAGGACAGUGGAGGUGGUGGGAGCCAUCAUUCAGCCAUCGACAUCGACAUUGGCAGCACCUUGAGAAGAAUUCUGGAGCAGGACUACGAGCUGAUAACCCACAAGCACAAAUUGGCUGUUCUACCUGCACAACCGACUGUUGUGAGUAUUCUAGAGUCAUGGGUGCAGCACUUUACGACGACUCAGUUGACGAAUAUACCUGAGAAUAAGUCGGGAAGGGCGAAGACUAAUAACACGAUGGAGAAAACCCUCAAUGAAAUCAACAUAUCAAGGGAAGUGGCUGAUGGGCUCCGGAUUUAUUUUGAUUUCACUCUGCCGGAUCUGUUGCUGUACAGGGAGGAACGAGAGCAGUACAACGGCUUCAAGGAGGCCUCCCUCUUCCCAGAGCAGCCGAUUAUUAUCAAGGAGGAAAUUGUUGAUACUCCAGAAUUGACGAUAAAAGAAGAAAUAGAAGACAUUGAAUACGCCCACCUUCCCCCAUUUCGAGAGCACGAAAUAAUGGAGAGUGAUCCUCCUGGAAAGCCAGUCUCCUCUGUCAAGAGAAAAUUGCGAUCGUGCAGGGUGAGCUCAGUGGAGGACACACGACAGCUGAGAUCGUACGAUGAUGUGAAACAGGAGCCAGGAAAUGUUUCCAGUAUAGCCAGCACGAGUUCGAGAUGCUCUAGCCCGCGAGGAGCGACCUCCAGGUAUCCAGUGGUACCACCAGCCCAGAUUGGAGCUCUUCUGGAUGAGGCUAACAAGUGGAGACUCAUGCCAGAAGCAACCAGGAGGGAUGGUGGACCCAGUCCAGCCACUUAUUUUGGGGCUGUUCAUCUCGCCAGAUUAUUUGUUAAGCUACCGGAUCUACUUCAGGCUACAGAUAUGCCCGUGAAGAAAAUGAAAUUGUUGAUUAAACACUUGGAUAUGUUUCUAAGUUAUCUUGAAUUACAUCCUGCGUGGUUCGGCGAGCAGUUCUACACCCAAACUGAGAGUCACCAGAAUUCCACAUGACGUUGAAGUCAAAGGUCGAUAAAAAUUCACUGAUAAAAAAAUUGACCGUUUCAAGUACGAGAGGUCAAUCAAAUGAACACAAACAUGAAAUAUUCAUGGCCUGGGGAGACAGUUAGUAAUUAAAAACCAUAGGCCAGUGAAGCAUUGAGUCCAUUCAACUGUUAAAUUUUUAUUCACAACUCACUCGAUUUUUCAUCAUAUGAACUAGUUUGGAGUUUUCCUUCUAGAUUCACUUGUCUCAGAUUAAUUACAUCGAGUCAAUAAUGAACUAUCUCCAUACCGAUAUUCAUAGGUUUUUGUACUUCUUUGUAAUGAAUAAUGACAAGUGUUGCCACAGGAGAGAGCGUCAACAUUCUGUCACAUUUUUAUUAUAUUAGUUUUAUAUUAAUUUAUCAAUAAAUACAACUCCGGUACCAAAAUUCGUAAAUACUAGUUAAAUAACUAUAGUUGACCACCAUUAUCGUAUAAAUAUGUAGAUUAAUUAACAUUCCAAUGAAUUUACAUGAAUUUUUUUAUGAAAAAUACGAGUUUUUACUGGUAACGACAAUUAUGCAUUCACACAAUUCAGAAAAAAUAAUAACUUGAACUUUACAUUUUGAGUGGUAGUACAUUUGUUUUGAUUGUGAGGGGGAGAUUUUUUUAAGGAAGCAAAUUCCAAGAGAUCUCUUUAAUCAAAAAAAUUUUUUCCCCAGUUUCAAUUUUUGUCAUUAUUCUAAGUGAAUGAAUACCUCAGCAAUAACAGGUUUAUGAAAGAAAUCAGAUAAUUCAUUUCUUUUUUUUUGUUGAGAAUUAUUUUUAUCAGAUUUUUUGUCAAUAGUAAAAUGAAAAAUCACGAGAAUCUCGUAAAUAAAAUGGGUCGACCUGACUUCGCCUCCAGGUCAGCCGAGGGUUAGCGAAAGUUUUGUUAAGAUACUCAAUUCAAUUCAUUUGGGUUUCUAGUGAAUUUAUUAUUAAUUUUCAAAGUCUUGUCUUGCAAAGUUCAAUAGCAGAUAUUCUAUUAAAAAAAUGCAGAAGAAUUAAAUUUUUCGUUUUGUGAGGAAAAGAAAACCCGAAAGAAAAGUUGUAAAAUUUGAGCCAAAGAUAUUCUAUAGAAAACAUCUAAAGAACAUAAGUUGAAUAGAAAGUAGCGAAAAAAAUAUAUUGACAUUAUCAAAAAACCGGUAAACAAUCCAAUAGAUUUUCGUAACGCAUUCGCUAGAUUUUUUUUACCUCUUCUCAUAAAAUUCUUAUAGAAUAUCAGUAGAAAAUUAAUAGAACUCCUCGAGUAGGAGUCAAGUUUUUUCUGAAAAAUUCUCCCAACCGCCACAAUUCCAAAAAUAACCCCACCCCCUAAGAAGCAAAUUUUCACCGAGAAGUAACUCCAUUCCCAGUCCUCCCCUCCUCUCUCUGCCCAGUCCUCAGAGGCAUUCCCAUGAAGCUUGGGCCCACCCCAUUCAGUGUAUUUCGCCUAGACCUUGUUGCCCCCACAGGCUUCCUGGUCUCAUUAUAUUUGAAGAUCCCAUCCCCAGGUAACAACAGUCCGCCCUCGUUUAGGGUGAACCACCACCUGUAAGUGACGAACCACGUCAGCACUGCGAUGACCCCCCCAACGAAUUUCUCAAUCAUGGUGUGAUAAUAGAGCAUAGUUGACACCACCAUGACAUCCCACAGCACCUGCUGCAGGGUCAUCCCCACAAACAGCCCCCUGACGUAAGGGCUCAAGCCCUUGUGAGUAAUUUUCAAGAAAUCCAAUUCACAAUCUGUCAGCUCCUUCAAGGGGCUAGCACUCCUCUCCUGUACACUCCUGGAGUGCUCCUCCUUGACAACCAUGUCGUUGAUGCCCUCCCAGCCAAGGAGGGCUGUCCCCUCCUCAGCGAGAAUAAGACUCGAGUAUAUUAGAAUGAAUGUGUGACCAGAAAUAUCGAAGCCACUCCAGAAUUUUCCAGCCCUCAGGCAAUUUGUCUUCUUCUGGAGCUCGCUCUCCCUCGUCCCCAGGCAUCUCCCAUAUGUGGUCUCUACGUGGAGGAAAAGCUUCGUCCAGAAGAACCAGAAGAAAGUCGCCAGGACAAUUCUCAUGAGGUGCCUGACAACGAUCGAUCGUUUUCCACAGGCUGUCGUGUAUCCUGUCAACAGCACCCAGGGUAUCAUCACUGUCAGCAACCAUCCCCAACCCCACUUGACGAAGUACCUGUUGAAAAUGUUAUCCGAUCUGGCGAAGUACGUUUUUGGAGGUGGGGCCAGAUCGGCUACCAACGACACCACGAAUAUCGCGCCACAGUAGACAGCGACCUUGAGGCGUGGGUCGAAGAGCAAGGACUUCUUGCAUAUGUGGAGGAGCAUUGUCAUGAGAACGAGACCUAUUGAACUCGGUGAGGUAGUGGGCUUUGUCCCACCCCGGUCCUCUUGCAUUCCCGGGCUGGGACGAAAGUUCAGGCGAGACGAGCGAAAGCUACUCCCUGGGGAGCCACUUGGCGAUGCUGAGUGCAGUGGCCUUCUUUUUGCAGGUGCCAUUUUGGGGGUUUUGUUUUGUUAACAGGGACCAGAGACCUGGUGCAACUCACUGACGAUCAUCGGGGGUUACGGCUCGAGGAGAGACCUUUGCCAGGAUUGGAGGAGAUCGAGAGAGCACACGCGUUACACACGACACAGCCCGGAGAGAAUCGUUUACUGGGGAUUCUGAGAUUAUACAUAGGACGGCUGAGGUUGGAGUCCAAUAUUUGGAGUGUGACGUAUUUGGUGGGGUGAUGAUGAAGAAGAUCUGGGAAUAUCGACUGACGGCAAGUCAGGAACGAAAAAUAAAUGUGGUAAUUGGAAUGUAUUUUUAUUAAAAAUUUGCUGUUUGUCUCUAUUUUUCAAUGGCACUGUUUUGUACAAAAUAUUCUAUAAAAAUAAAAUUUUGUAGAUGUUACUGUGGAGUCUAUUUGAAAUUCAGUUCUAUUGGAUUUAUAUGCAAUUCUCUAGUUUCUCUGCUAAAUUUUUGAUCUUCGAAUUUGACAAGAAAAUGAAAUAAAAGUACAUAUUUAUGAAACAUAGAUAUUUAAUUCGUAAUAAAGAUCUAUUCGACAUUUGCCAAAAAACAAAAGAAAUGCUAAAUUAAAAAUAAGUAUCGAUUAUCCAGAAGGCUGUAGAGAACUAGAGUAGGUCGUUGUUUCUCGUUUCUAGUCUCCCACAUUUCAUUACAUAUUUGCUGAAUGUACUUUUUGUAACGUAAAUGCCUGAAAAAAAAAAACAAAAUAAUUAGCCCCAU